AUGACGCAAGACAAAUGGAGUUUCGGUGUCGAGCAGGAACGGGUGGCUGUCGUUCAGGUAGAAGGAAGUACACCCUUGGACACGUCCGUGUCUAAAGGCCAUUCAAGAACACCUCUGGUAACACCAGCUGCAGACAGGACUCUGACUCUAUCGUAUGAGAGAACGGCAUACCUGGAGAGGCACAUACCAGCUCUGCUCGACAAGCUGACGGACGAAAUCAAUGAAGCCGUUCCGGUCCCUGCGGGGAGCGUGGUCACAAGGCCGCCCUUGUCAGCGCUCGAACAAAGUCUGCACUGGAAGCCCAAGGACGACCCGUUGACCAGGUACACACGAUGGAUGACCACACUCGAAUACCUGCUGUUCCCCACUGACAUGCUCGAAAAGUACGAAGGAUAUCUCCUCGAGGGCAUAGAAUUCGUCUCGCCACCCCUGUACGCAAGCGAGGCGGCGUUCCAUCAUGUCCGCGAGGUUUCCGACUACCUCGACCGAAGGUACUGGUUCCUCGCGGCCGAGCUCACAGGCCUACACAUCCACGUCGGCCGCGGCGGGCGCUGGCUGUCGCUCCACGAGCUGCGCCGCGUCGCGGGGCUGUGCUACGCCGCCGACGAGCUGCUGGCCGGGCUGCACCCCGCGGACAGGCGGGAGAACGCAAGCUGCCGGAGCAACCGGCUGUACUCGUACGUGUCGCGCGGCGUGCGCGCCGAGAUGAUCGAGACGGUCAACAGGUGGCACGACGACAGCCAGGCCGUCGAGACGCCGCCCCGGAGCACGACGGGGCCCAGCGCGCCAUCUCCGCUCUUCGUCCGAAAGAUCCCCCGCGGCGAACUCGGCGGCUACGCUCGCCCCCCAAAGUUCCCAAUGCAGAUAGGGGGCCUCGUCCCGGACCUCAUCGACGCGUUCCCGGAGCUGAGCGGCCAGGCCCAGGAGCCGGCGCAGGCGAUCGACAUCGUCGAGGUCCCCGCCGCCGUCCGCGAGCUGCUGCGCUGCACCGACCCCCGCACCGUAGGCGAGCUCCCGCCCCGCGUACAACUUUGCCCACUACCGCAACGGGGGGUACCAGGAGCGCGGCAGCAAGCGCACGAUCGAAUUCCGGCAGCCGGCGGCCACGCUGGACGGCAGCGUCGCGGCCACCUGGGCGCAGGUCUCGGUGAGGAUGUGCGAGUGGGCUUGCGAGGUAAGCCUGGAGACGUACUGGCACGUGGUCACGAAGUGUGCUCUGGGCGGGAGUGA